AUGAAAGUAAUUCUCGCCGGUUCAACCGGCUUCAUUGGCCGGGAAACCCUCAAUCAAUGUCUACAAAAUCCUGCCAUCACCUCGGUGGUAGCACUUAGUCGACGCGACCUACCAGCCCAUGACAAACUAAAAGUAACACGGAUGAAGGACUUCGCCUCAUAUGCCUCCUCUGUCCGUGAAGACAUUCAAGGUGCCGAAGCUUGUAUUUGGACAAUCGGUUUGAUCCCGAGUACGGCAUUCAAAGAUGAUGAUGGGGCAACUGCUCGCCGGGUCAGCAUAGAGUAUACCAUGGCGGCAGCCAAGGCAUUUGAAGAAUCCUGUCGGAAACCAUUUCGCUUCAUUUAUGUCAGUGGUGCUGGCGCGGAGCAGGAUCAAACGAAGUCGCUCUGGGUUAUGAGGGAUUACAGAAGGAUUCGAGGUCUGGUGGAGUCUGAGCUAUUGAAUUUUGCGAAAACCCAUUCUGACUUUACGUCCUACAUUAUGCGGCCUGCUAUGGUGAUAUCAAACAAGAUCACACCGCAUAGUCUUCUUUUCGGCCUUGGACCAUCUAUUCGUGUUGAUGCUAUUGCUAAGUCUAUGGUGGAGCUGGCUAUUGGUGGUGGUGAUAAGACUGUUUGGGAGAACUCGGAGAUGAAGUAG